AUGACAAAAUGGGAGUUGUCGAUAGAGAGUUGUUUGACUAACACAUUGACAGAUCUCUCUCUCUCUCUCUCUCUCUCUCUCUCUUUUCUCUCUCUCUCUCUUUCUAUCUCUAUCUCUCUCUCUCUUUUCUCUCACUCUCUCUAUUUCUCUCUCUUUCUUUUUUCGCUCUCACUUUCUCUCUCUCUCUCUCCUACUCUCUCUCUCUCUCUCUCUCUCUGCAUUUGGGAUCUCUCUCUUACUCUCUCUCUCUCUCUCUCUCUCUCUCUCUCUCUAUCUAUCUUUCCUUUUUGUCUCUCUCACUUUCUCUUUCUCUCUCUCUCUAUUUCUCUCUUUUCUUUUUUCUCUCUCACUUUCUCUUUCUCUUUCUCUCUCUCUCUCUCUCUCUCUGCGUCUGGGGUUUCAACAAAAAAGGAGAUUAACAAACGUGAGAAUGAUGUCUGCUUGUUCUUUAAGCCAAAUGCCCCUCUUUUGAAGCAACUGGAACCCAGACAGGCGAACAGAAGUGAACAAAUUGAUUGUAUUAUUAUUAUUAGUCUGUCUGUCUGUCUGUCUGUCUGUCUGUCUCUCUCUCUCUCUCUCUCUCUCUCUCGACGCUCUUUGGACACAGAUGGGCGAAAGAGAAUAGGUGAAAAGUGUACUUUUUUUGUCUGCUUCCAUUCUUAUGUACUAACCUCACAACUCUUCUCUAAUUCACUCACUCACACUUUCUCUCAGGGACCCCGCUCUCUUCUUUCAACUCUGUCUCGUUCACUCUCUCUCUCUCUCUCUCUCUCUCUCUCUCUCUCUCUCUCUCUCCAGGAUAGACAUUGUCCUGAAACAAUAUUGGCAUUCUUCUUCCUCCCUAUAAUUGUCUUUUCUAUCUAUGUCUCUAACUCUCUCACUCUCUCUGUUUCCUUCUCUCUCUGUGUUUCUCUCUCUGUCUCUGACUUUGUCGCUCUCUCUCUCUUCCUCUCUCUUUCUCUCUCUCUCUCUCUCUCUCUCUCUGUGGUGGGGGGUGUCUACUUAGAAAAGCAGCGGUUCUUUCCUCUCUCUCAUUUUUUUAGUUGUUGGGCGAAUUUAAUAUUAAUCCGAAUCUACUCGCACUUCUUUUUAUCCUUUAUGUCUCUCUACCCUUCCCUAUUAUUUGCUCACUCCUACUCUCUCUCUCUCUCUCUCUCUCUCUCUCUCUCUCUCUUUCACUUCUCCUCUUUUUCUCUCGCCACCUCCCUCUUUCUUUCUGACUCUUUCUCUUAUUCUCUCUCUCUCUCUCUCUCUCUCUCAUCACAUUGUGUAUCUAUCUAUACAUUAAUCAAUCUAGAUGAGGAGAUCCUUUGUUUUGAUGCCUACAACCGAAAAUGUCACGAAUUAUUAAUUUAUCACGACAUAGUUAUGACUAGGAUCCUUUCCCUCCAUCUAUCAAGCAAGCAAACUAUCACUGUUAUUCUGUUCAUUUCUAUCUAUCUCACUCUGUUCAUAUCUAUCUAUCUAUCUAUCUCUAUCUAUCUAUCUGAGUCUGUUUACAUCUAUCUAACUGAGUCUGUUCAUUAUCUAUCUAUCUAUCUAUCUAUCUAUCUAUCUGAGUGUUUAUAUCUAUCUAUCUAUCUAUCUAUCUAUCUAUCUAUCUAUCUAUCUCUGUUCAUCUAUAUCUAUCUAUCUAUCUAUCUGUCUAUCUAUCUAUCUAUCUAUCUAUCUAUCUAUCUAUCUAUCUCAGUCUGUUAUUAUCUAUCUAUAUAUCUAUCUGUUUCACUGUUCCUCUUUGAAAAUACAUACAGCCAACUAGGCUUACAACUAAUAGUUGAAUACGAUGGAAACAAACAAGGAAGUAGAGAUGUACAUAGAUUGAUAGAUAUCAUAAACAGAUGA